AUGUCAGAAAAAAAUUUACUGUGCCUUUUUCUUGUAGAAAAUUUUAUUGGAAGAGGUGGCUAUGCUGAUGUUUUCAAGGGUAGCCUCCAAGAUGGGCAACUAAUAGCAGUUAAGCAACUGAACAAAGGCACUCCAGAAGACAGGACCUCAAGUUUUCUAUCUGAGUUAGGUAUUCUUGCUCAUGUUGAUCAUCCUAACACAGCCAAUCUUAUUGGAUGUGGUGUAGAAGGAGGAAUGCACCUGGUCUUCCAACUAUCUCCACUGGGAAAUUUAGGGUCUCUUCUUCAUGGUCCAAAUAAAAAUAUAUUAAAUUGGAGUAAAAGGUAUAAAAUUGCUUUAGGAAUAGCGGAUGGCCUCCUCUAUCUUCAUGAGAUUUGCCAAAGGCGAAUCAUUCAUAGAGACCUUAAAGCAGAGAAUAUUCUGCUUACAGAGAAUUUUGAGCCACAGAUUUGUGAUUUUGGGCUAGCAAAAUGGUUACCAGAACAGUGUACUCACCAUAAUGUAUUGAAAUUUGAAGGCACAAUGGGGUAUUUUGCUCCUGAAUAUUUGAUGCAUGGCGUAGUAGACGAGAAAACUGAUAUUUACUCCUUUGGGGUCCUGCUUUUGGAGAUUAUAUCUGGGCGUCGUGCAUUGGAUCACUUGCAACAAAGUAUUGUGUUAUGGGCAAAGCCUUUAUUUGAAGCUAAUAACAUCAGGGAGCUUGUUGAUCCUUCUCUUGGUGAUGAUUAUGACCGGGAACAUAUGGAUCGUGUUGUUUUGACUGCAUCUCUCUGUGUUGAACAGUUUCGUAUCUUACGCCCCACCAUGAGUCAGAUUGCAAUACUGCUAAGAGGUGAUGACUUUGUGUUGGAACAUACUCAGAGGAGUAACAAUAUCCUCAUGAGUACAACUCAACAAACUACCUAAGUGAUCUCAGUGAAUAAUAGCAGUUUGCAUUGGGAGGGAACAUCAUAUUCAAAACUGUUGGUUGUGUUACAUGGAUAAAUACUAUUUGAUGAGGGGAGGAAAUGGGAGGGAAAAUGAUGGGUUUAAGUCCUCUCCCUCAAUUUUCUUCUUGCUUUUACUAUUAGGGAAUUCUGCUUUCCUUAUUUCUUCCCUAGAAUCAAGGAGUGCAGCAAAGAUGUACAUCUUAUAGUAUCUACUUCUUGAUUUAAUGGAAGAAAGAGAAGGGAUGAUAAAACUUACUUUCA